AUGAGUGAGAAUCUCGGACAUGGGUUUAGAGAGUUAGGGGUUUUCAUGAUGGAGCUAGGCCUCAAACUUGCUCGAAGACCCUUCGACUCUAGCAGGAACUGGAUUGGUGACAAACGCAAACAAGUUUCGGGGAUUUGUUCUGAGAAUCUGUGGCAGCAAUGGCAUUAUGAUAAUGGGAUUUUCACCGUCUUGACAGCUCCAAUUUUUCGCUUAGUGUCCUUAUCCGAAUGGAAUACUUAUUUGCAAAUAUUUGAUCCCAGAAAGGAUAAUGCAUUCAUGGUGAAGGCCUCUCCUGAGAGCUUUAUAAUUCAGGUGGUGGAGUCGGCUGAUAUCAUAUCAAGAGGAAAGCUCCGCGCCACCCUUCGGUCUGUUUGCAGGCCUUCCAAGUUCGAUAAUUUGAGCAGAGAGACUUUUGUUGUGUUCUUGCAGCCGGCGUGGAACAAAACUUUCUCGGUAACAGACUACCCCAUGAACAUGGGGACAUCAUCAGAGAUCAAACAGGUUGAUGAUCCGGAUCAAAAUAAAAUGACCGAAGAAAUACAGAAAAUUGUACCACCUCUUGCAUUGCGGUUGAAAGAUGGGAUAAUAUUUGCAGACUUCUCACGCGAAACCACUAAGCAAUACUAUGGUGGAUCUGGUUUGCAGUCUAAUAUUGAUUGCUUUGUCUAUCUCCUUCCAUAG